GAUUCUCUAAAAAUUAGAUCCAUUCAAUUUUGAUUAAGAUGGAUAGUUUGUAGAUUAUCCAUUUUCGAAGGGAUUAUUGAUAGGUGAUGUCAUAUAUGAAGGUUAAUGGAAUAAUUGGUAUGAAUAUUGAAAUUACGAGAGUCAAAAGCAUGGUCGAGGAAAAUAGUUUUGGUUAGAUGGUUCAUAUUAUGAAGGUUAUUGGUUAAAUAAUUGUUAACAUGGUAAAGGUAGAUUAUUAUUGGCAUAAGGAGAUAUAUAUGAAGGAGAUUGGAGAAAUGAUAAAGUUCAUGGUUUUGUAACAUUGUAAAGCAUUAAUAGUAGGGUACUUAUAUUCAUCAGAAUGGAGCAAAAUACAUAGGGUAUUGGGAGAAUGAUAAAUAGCAUGGUAAAGGUAAGGAGUGUUGGCCAGAUGGAGCAACUUUUGAAGGAGAUUAUAAGAAUGGAUAGAAAAAUGGAAUUGGAACUUUGAGAGAGGCAGAUGGAUCAACUUAUGAAGGGGAAUUUUAAGAGAAUAGAUUUGAAGGUCAUGGAGAUUAUAAGAUUGUAGGUGGAAAGAGAUAUGUUGGUUAAUAUAAGAAUAAUAAGAUGCAUGGAAAAGGGGUGAUUUAAUGAUUAUAUAUGAUAGACAUUUUAUUGGAAUGAUGGGAAGAAAUAUGAAGGAGAUUAUAUUAAUGGUGUAAAAUAAGGAUAUGGAAUAUUAUGUUAUCCGGAUGGAAGGGUAUUAAUUAAAUAAAUAUAAGAUUUUUAAAGGAUAUUGGUAGAAUGGAAAAUAACAUGGUAUUGGAAUUUAUAUAGGUAAAUCAAAGAUUGAAAAGGAAGGAGAAUGGAUUGAUGGAAAAAGAAUUAGAUGGAUUAGAAAAGGUGGAGAAUCUAACAAUAUUGAAUCUUGA